AUGUGACAAAAAUGACACAUAACGUUGUCUGACAGACGCAGGAAAACAUCUGUACUUCUGCAAUCAAUCAGUCUUCGUUGUUACACAGUGCCACGGGCAUAACAAGGAUGGUCCAGUGACAUAUUGAGGAUUAAACGUUAAUCCCAGGCGAACAAACAGAACUCAGUGAAUCUGUCGACUGAUGAUCCUGCAUGAACUGAAGGAAAACCAAGUGGAGACCUGGACCAGACUCCAGUGGAAGUGGAACCUGUGGGAUCGAUCCGUUCAUCCACACAGACACAAACUGCGGAUCUCGUCAGAACCCGACACUUCUCUCAUUCUCAGAGAGCAGAGGUUCAGAUGUUGACGUGGCUCCACUCUCCUCCUGACUGGACCGGUCGGUGGAGACCAUGUCAAAGUCCGAGCUGAUCGAGCUGAAAGACCUCACUCUCAAUGAUCCCAUUGAACUGGCCGCCCCCCCGGCCCCCGCGGCCCCCGCCUCUGUGAGCACGGGUCAGCCCUCCGUCCGUGCCGUCUACUUGUCUGGAGAAAACGUCAGCGUGCAGGGAGCCGUCUGUGAGACAGGGGGCGCUGGCGUCGGUCACCACUUCCAGCCCUGCAGUCAGGCUCAUCCUGCCUGGUGUGACCUUUGUGGGGAGUUCAUCUGGGGUCUCUACAAACGCUGUUUACGCUGCAGCAACUGCAGUUACACCUGCCACCACCGCUGUCGACCGCUCAUCCAGCUGGACUGCAGCACAGACGGAGGUUUACUGGAACAUCCGGUUUCUGAUUCCUGUGUCGAUGCUCUGGAGACGGACACCAACGUGGAUGAACAGAGAGAUAAACGGGAGCUGAGCGUUGGAGAGAUCCAACAGAAGGUGAAGGAGUACAAUUCUCUGAUCAACACCAAUCUCCACAUGCUGGUCAAAAAAGACGGCGUCUUCACCGGUUUCAUCAAGGUGCACUUUCAGUUAGUCCGACCAGUUUCCCUCCCUCCUGCUCAGAGCUGCUGCUCCACACCAGAGGAGGCGCACCAGACCAGGAGGAGGUCACGGCGGACGUCGUUCUACCUCCCGAAAGAUACUGCGAAACACCUGCACAUCAGCUGCCGAACGCGGGUGCUGGAGGUCAUCGAGGCUUUGCUCAAAAAGUUCAUGGUCGUGGACAGUCCGGCAAAAUUUGCACUGUUUGAACGCACGGAGAGACAAAGUCAAGUGUACAUGCGUAAACUGUCCAACGACGAACGCCCGCUCUGUUUACGUCUGUGCGCUGGUCCCAGUGAAAAAGCUCUGAGUCUGAUUUUGAAGGAAAACAACUCAGGGGAAAUUAAUUGGGAUGCGUUCAGCCUUCCGGAGCUGUGCAACUUUCUGCGAUUCCUGCAGCGUGAAGAAGAAGAGCACGUGCGGCAGAUAGUGAAGCGUUACGCUCUCGCUAGAGAAAAGCUAACGCAGGCUCUGGUGAGGAUGACGACUCAGAAGGAUAAAAACGAUCCUCGUCGUUAAGUAUUAAAGAGAACCUCCUGCCUGAGUCACCGGUCAGGUUCGUGGAAAAGGAAGUGAAAGGCCUCAGACGACGGUGUUGCUUAAAUAAUAAAUAAAUAUAAAGUCAGGAGCAGAGGUGAUGCCGAGACACCUGCAGAGAUCCAACGGAGCGCACUGACACUUUGGGGCCAACCUCACCUUCUGAUGUGAAGUAGAUGAAAUAAAAUAGUUUAUGUUUAAAAACAGUUCUUUAUAAAUGAAACACUGCUGCUGCUACAUUGUGGUUAUUUAGAAUGUUGUCUUGUUUUGUGGAUUUAGUUAUCGUUAUUUUUGUGGCACUUUUUUUAAAAACAAUACCACUGAUCUGGGAAAGUGAAAACUGUGAAACAAUGCAUUUGUGUUUAGUUUAUUUAAUAAAGUGGUUCUAAUA